GUUAAACUUGUUAUUAUCCGCAACGAAUAUAUGGAUAUUGACUGUUUCACUUUCUCAGUGUGAGGCAAAUCUAAAAGGACAUCAGAAAAGAAUUACAGGCCUUGCCUUCUCUAAUGUCUUAAAUGUUCUCGUGUCUUCUGGUGCUGACUCUCAGCUGUGUGUUUGGAGCACUGAUGGAUGGGAGAUGCAGGCUAGAAAGUUUCUGCAGAUGCCGACUGGGCAAGGUGCAGCUUCUUUUGCUGAUACUCGUGUUCAAUUUCACGUGGAUCAGAUAUAUCUGCUGGUGGUUCAUGAAACACAGAUCGCCACUUGUAAAGCUCCUGAACUAGAAUGCCUCAAGCAGUGGGAUACUCGAGAAGCUAGCGCUCCAAUCACAGAUGCUACAUAUUCAUGCGAUGGCCAAUCAAUAUAUGUGAGCUUUGAAGACGGAAGCAUCAGUGUUCUUUCUGCUUCUACACUCAAAUUGAGAUGUCAUAUAAAUCCUGCUGCUUAUAUCCCUCCAAAUCCCAACUUGAGAGUCUACCCACUAGUCAUUGCUGCACAUCCGUCUCAACCUAACCAGUUUGCACUAGGGCUUACUGACGGCAGCGUCUGUGUGCUUGAGCCAUUGGAAUCCGAAGGAGAGUGGGGUGGUUCUCCUCCUGUUGAAAAUGGUGCUGAGCCAAGCACAACAUCUAGCGCAACCAAUUCAGAUCAACCCCAAAGGAGCAGUUAGGAGCAUGACGAUAAGCCUCUCUUGAUCGCAUCUAUAUUCCUAUAACCCUACCCUUACUACACUAUCGGCCACCAAAGGGUACUUUCUCUCAGCACAUGAGCCUAUAUUGUCAUCGCACAGCGCUUGCACUUUAAACGAAUGCAGAAGUUGGAUGUGCAAUCCAAGAAUGUCUGAUUUGAUUCGUAUACAACGGGUUCAACCCUUGGCAA